CCUUGUGGUGGCCAUUAUAAUGGAUCUGAAGGCGUGGUACUCUCUCCUAACUUCCCCCACAACUACACCACUGGGCAAACCUGCUCCUACUACAUCACUGUCUCUGGAGAAUUUGGUGAGGUUAAUCAAAUGCAUCAUUAUUAAUGCAACACUUAAACUUAUUCUAUGCUUGACUAGUUUUACACCUCUGAUUUAUCUGCCUAUUCGUGGGUUGCACCUCUGUCACUUGGACGCAUCGUUGCCAUUGUGAUCAACGUUCUACAGACUCCACAGCCACAUUAAUGUCCAAAAGUAGAACGUGAGCUAAUGACUGUUUCGCCUAAAUUACACUAGUGGCUUGAAAAUGGACAUUGCUAAAGUAGGCAAAUAUUUAGUAGGAAACAGCUUAGCCAUCAUCAUCAUCAUAUUUACAUUAGACUGAUGGCAAUGUUGUCAUUAGCUAGCAAAGUUUGUCAAAAAUAGCUAACAUUAGCUAACACACUUUUGUACAUUGCGCUGUUCUGUACAUUUUACCUUAUUUUAGCGCCCCAAAAACGUAAUACUUCCAGGUCAACUGUAAUAUGAAUACCAUUGUAAAGCACAAUUUCUCCCCUUUCCAGCAAAAUCAAUGACGAGACCUUCAUUCUGCCCAUCUCUGCAUGAUUGAAGAAAGCAAUGGAGCUCCGCCGGGUCUUUUUAAAAAUGGCGGGUGGGGAAGCGAAAGCUACUGCGUCAUAGUGAAAGGGGGAGAUAUGUUGUGUGGGGAACCGGCUUUUUUCACCCGAUUUGUCCAACUUAUCACCUCUAAAAUGUAAAUAAAACACUAUAAAGAGUUUAUAUAAUGUCUCAUUACAUACCUAAAUUUAUCUUCACAAUUAAACUGUGGGUGUCACGGUUUUUGAGAGUCAUGAUGGCUCGCAGUGGUUAUGCGAAAAAUUAACAAUUGACUGAAUUAACUAUUGAUGAGCUCACAAGUAAUUAACUUUACACUCACCAUUACACUCACCAUUGAUCAUUUCUUGUUUUUAAUCUGCGAGAGAAGCGCUACACCUGGUGGAAAGAGGCUGUAUGGCACAGAAUGAGUUGAAUAAUGCGUGUCGUACGUUACGUCAUGACAUGUCACACUUUAACGUACAGCGUCAGCGGGGUCCGUUUUUUCAACUUUUCUCCAAUACUAUUUGUCCAUUACCAUGUCAAUCAACGCUGAAUCGAAACUUAGUUCACACCCCGGAUUUUGAUGCCAACACAGUCGCUACAGUCCCAUUAGUUUUCAUUGCAGCCUCGUUUGAAUGCCGCGGUUGUCCACAUAUGUACGGAACGGAGUUAGCUACCGUUAGCAAUACUAAUGUUAGCUAGCUAAAAUCCGGUGGUCUCCCCUCAAUCUUAGAACAGGAAGGCCCGCACACUGUUUAUGCUCCCAAUUCACUGCUUUAUUGACAAUGUUUAGAUCCAAAACAGAUCUUCGUCAGGUCAAACACUUAGUGCUCACAUCCCAAAAUAUACACAUUUCACCUCACAUGACCAUUACGCCCAUGACACAUGGUGUGUGUGGAAACAAUUCAAUUAACUUUUGCACAGAGUCAGUCAUAAUUAAAGGUACAUAUGGUCAUAAAAUAUUAUAUACAAAUCUGUCCGAGUUAAAACUUAGGCAACAGUAAAAAAGAUUACGUUGGAAACUGUUGGAAUACCCGCCCAAAUGACCAUUACGCGCAUGAUGUGCGGUGGCUGUAGAUGUAAUUACAGUGACCUAUUUUUAUUUUCUUCCAAAUUGCGUACCUCUAAUAAUUUGAUAUCAAUGAGAUGGGCACGUAUUAGUUACAGAAAAUCUAAUAUAUUCGUGUGUAUAAAAUGACCAAGUGGAAACCUGGAUGGCAAGACAAAUCAACAUAACACAUUCAUGUAAGAAAUGGUCUGAUAUCAAACUCUUGGUUCAGACCUUUAGGAGGCAUGGUGGACAAACUGUGAAUACAAUACAAUUCUCUAGACUAUUUUAAAUUGACACCCCUGAAAUCUCCUCAUAUUCAGGCGUAUAGAAAGCAUAGAUCAGUCAUGAAGUGCUGAAUCAUGGACAAGGUAUGCUAGUCAUCCCUGGUUCUUGUUUGACCUCACACAAGUCAUGCUUUCUUAAUUGUGAGUGAUAUGCAGCAGGUAUGACAUCCAAAACAUCUCUAAUUGCAUAAGGUAUUUAUCUAGCUCUCAGUGUGUGUUUAUCAUGCAUGACCUGGUGUAGCAGAUGUGAAAUCGCUAGUUAAACAGUGUUGGCUAGUCCAUUGUGUAGUGACAUCACCCACCCUGAGACCUGAGUCGGCCCCAGGCCCCAGCCUAUAACAACAAUGGUUUUGGUAGGUGAGUGGUUAGCGCGCUAGCUUUGUGUCAUUGUUGACAAGAGACCAAAUCCCAAAUUACCAUUUUAAGCACUCAAUUUUCCAUUUGGGGACAUGAUUGUUUUGUAGCCACGAUUUACAUGUACUGUGAUAACCUGUAUGAUGUCCCCAUUUUGCCUCCUCAGUGGUAUUUGGGCAGUUUGCCUACUUUCAGACAGCAAUGAAUGACUCAGUGGAACUAUUUGAUGGGGCCAGUCAGAAUGCCAGGCUGCUAAGCUCCCUCGCUGGGUUUCACUCAGGUAAGUAAUAGCUUUCCAUUCCUUCCAUUGUUUAUAGUCUUUAAAUGAACAAAACUAAUGGAAAACACUUGCACAUGUGGAUUUUGUUUGCCGUCAGUUGGGAAACAGAAGAGGUGUUGCUAAUACAAAAGGCCUCAGCAUGAUCUCUGUAUUAGUAACUGCUGUUGGCACUUAUUACUGUCUCGUUCAAAAUGUUUUAAUUUCAGUAAUUAGUAUUGUGACAUUACAUCCAUGCAAGAACAGGAAGGGCAGCCAUUUUGGAAAUAAGUGUUGCUUCAACGAGUAUCCAAAGACACUGUAUCAGUCCUUAUACAGUGGCCACAUUUAUCUCACAACCUCUAUAAUUGCGUGACAUCCAUGCAAGACCAGCAAUAAUUUAUUGGGAUUAAGAAUAUAAACAUGGGGAUACUUUAUGCAUAAAGAUUAAAGCACAGAGCCUGUUGCAAUCCAACCCUGUUUUGAAAUGCAAGGCAGAAUAGUGUUUGACGUGAUAGGAUUUGACGUAAUAGGGAUGCUUUUUUAUGUGUUAACAAAAUGUCAGCCAUUGUGUACUGUAUCUACCCACUUAAAACAGGAUUCCUCACUGAAGAUAGAACCAAUCACAAAUAAACAUGUUGUAUUUUUAUUUUUUAUGAUGAGUCUGUUCCACCAAGCUCAACGGUCAUAUACCUUAUAGACUAUUCUCUCAGUAUUUUUAUUCUUUCAAGCCACCUAAUACAAUUUGAGAAUUGCUGUCCCCUUCUGAUUUAUCGCUGUUAUUGGGGAAGGUAAUUACAUUUCUGAACAGAAAUCACCCUCAACAUUACAUUAUUUUGAGGAAUGAUGAAGGCCAAUGAAUAUAAACUGUUUCUAUGGCACCUUUUACUAUUCAGAUUUUUUUAUUCUGCAGUGCAACAAUAUAUUCCCAAGGGAGAUGCUGAUUGUUUGAUUUUACUUUGUCUUUGAAAACGUUAGAUUUCCCCAUUCAGUAAUGCAGUAUGUGGAGUACUAUAGAAAUGUAAAUUAAAAGGUUAUUACUGAGUUAGAUAACACAUGAAUUACCUCUGACAUGUCCAAUACGUGUACACUAAUCUUCUAUGGGUUUCUAUCAACAAAUAACUUGUGUUUUCCCUGUCUAUUCAUGGUGACAUUUGAAUUAUAAUGAUACAUUACAUCAUACAGGUUCAUAAUGCAUUGGGUGUUUUCACCUAAAUGGAGGCUGAUUAGCCACCUACAUUAGCCACAUCCACAAUAAGCUACUCUACUUUAUUAUAGGCUUUCAAAUGUCAUGGCUUUCAAAUAAAUUCAAGCCAUUAAGAAAUACUCCCUACCAUGUUUCAUCGUCCAGCUCAUUCAUCACAGCUGAUGAAAAGUUUCAACUCAGGCCUACUAUUGUGUAUAGAAAGUUGUUUCCUUGUCCAACAUUCUCAUUAUUGAUAAGACUUAGUGUGCCCCUUUAUUAUUAAAAUAGUCCUCUACUGCAUAGAUAAUACUUCAAAGAUAAACUGCCAACAUCAUGCUAUUUACCCAUCAAGAUUUUGAAUGGGAGCUGGUAUAUUUAUAAGAAGCUAUUCAUCAUGCAGCCUAGGUAUUGUUCUGUAUAGCAUACAAGAAGGGUCAGGGAUCUCAAGAAAGAGCACUGUUGGCUUCAGAGGGUUAACACUGUAAGUCAGCAUAUUGUGCUGUUUAAAAAAAUAUAUAUUUUCAUAUUUUUAUCCUUUAUUUUGUAGGAGAGACCUUGCCCCUGGCCACAUCAAACCAAAUUAUGGUGCGAUUCACUGCAAAGAAUGGUCCUUCUGCCAGGGGUUUCCACUUUGUUUACCAAGGUAUGUGUACAUACUUUAGCAAUACAUACACACACUCUGGUCACAUGCAUGACAAUUCCUCACAGUUUUUACCCCUGUGGCAGUGGGUGUUUUUCUGGGGGUCCUGGAGGCCUCCGACAGUCCACCCACCACAGGCACCAGAGGGUCUUAUCUACCGGUGUUAUUGUUCACACAUUUGUCAGGCUGUUCAGGGGGUUUGCUGUUAUCUCUCUUGCCCCAUGGCAGCCUAGGGGACCAGUCCUCUAAUCAUUACAGCUGCGCAGGGCAUGUCAUGGGAAAAGGGAAUUUUAUCUGCAUUACUGUAGUAGUCAAGGAGCAGAAGGGCUCACAACCUCCAUACAGAUACAACGUUGAAAGUAUGUUGAAAGUGUCAUAUCUAAUAUUCAAGGACUCUUGCAUAAUCAAUAGAAAAUGUCACACAUGAAUAUAUAAAAUAGAAACCCACGUUUUAUAAAACGUUUCAAGGAUGGAGUACAAUGUAACUUUUUUUUUUUGCCUUUGGUGUCAUUCCUACUUUAUUUCAGUGUCAUUUAGAGAUUCUCUCCAGAUGCAGAUAAUAGCUCACCCUCAGUACGCAUCAAGCAUUUUCUCUCUCUGUGAAAGUUGUAAUAACUAAGCUGUGUGAAUUACAUGAACAUAUACUGUACAGUGUUUGCCAGAGCAUGCUUAUUACUAUGUCUGCUAUUUUCUUGCUUCACUGUUUGAUGAUGUACUGCACUGAAGGGUGUUUGAAAAAUACUCACUGGUUUGGUACAUGGAGGCAUCCAAGUGAUGAUUGCAGAGCACUCUCUGCUCCUGUAUAGAUCUAUAAAUAUUAGACACAAUCCCAGCCCAACAGUAAAGACCUCAAAUAUGGCACCAAGGUAUACCACAGAGUUUAAAUAGUAUUUGAAUCCAGGUCUAGAUGUCACAGGCACAGCGCAACCCAAGCUAUUAUUCAGUUCAGGGACUUAAAUUGAACCUAAAGUCAAAAAAUGCUAUGCACUCUCAUUAAUGCUUUAAUAUAAAAUGGUUUAUGAGAGCGCAGACUGUUUUGGUCAAUCAAAUCAACAAUUAUUUAAAGUGCAUUUAAAACCUCAACACACUUUACAUAAAAUAAAGUUCAGGCAAACAAGAGGAAGUAAAAAUGAUUAAUAAAAUAAAACUAAACACAGAGGAUAUCUAAAACAAUAAUUGAUUAAAGGCCAGGCUAAAAAGGUUGUUUUUUAAAUGUGAUUUAAAAACCUCAAUGGUGUCUUCCCCUCUUACCUGACAGGGCAAGCUGUUCCAUAACUGAGGGGCUUUGAUAGAGAACACUCCGUCCCCCACCUUGGUUCUGCAUCUAGGUACAGUAAGCAGACCGGCUUCCUGCUUCUGCAUCUAGGUACAGUAAGCAGACCGGCUUCCUGCUUCUGCAUCUAGGGACAGUAAGCAGACCGGCUUCCUGCUUCUGCAUCUAGGGACAGUAAGCAGACCGGCUCCUUGGGAGCGGAGCACCCUCACUGGGUUGUAUGGAACGAGCAUGUCUGUCAGAUAAGAGGGGGCAAGGCCAUGCAGUGGUACAUACUGUUUUGAUGUACUGUAGUACAGAUUGUACCCAAUCAUGUUUUGAAUAUCAGAUAUAUAUCUGGUUUCAUUGUCAUCUUCCAUGCCUCAGUGUUCUGAAUGUUCAUGAUUGAAUAACAGUGAUAACACAUGGUAAUGCGGCAGGUAGCUUAGUGGUUAAGAGCGUUGUGCCAGUAACCGAAAGGUCGCUGGUUCUAAUCCCCGAGCCGUCUAGGUGAAAAAUCUGUCGAUGUGCCCUUGAGCAAGGCACUUAACCCUAAUUGCUCCUGUAAGUCGCUCUGGAUAAGAGCGUCUGCUAAAUGACAAAAAAAUAAAAAAUAAAAAAAUUCAGCAUGCAUUAGCCACACAUCUCUAUAUGGCUGAUGAUACAUUGGGAUCAUUAUAAAGGUCUCAUAUGUCCAUAAUGACAAAUCAUAUACCACUACCACAUUGUAUUGCAAUUUUCCUGUGUUAACACAUAUCUAGGUGUUAACAACACUGGGUACUAUUUUCUUUGUAGCUGUUCCUCGCACCAGUGACACGCAGUGCAGCUCUGUCCCAGAGCCACGCUACGGCAGACGGAUUGGGUCCGAGUUCUCCGCUGGCUCCGUUGUUCGCUUUGAGUGCAACCCCGGGUAUUUGCUACAGGGAUCCAAAGCCGUCAAAUGCAAUGCGGUCCCCAAUGCGCUAGCCCAGUGGAAUGAUACUGUGCCUGCUUGUGCUGGUAAGCCUCCUCAAAUCAGUCACAUUUGUGGAGAUUGAGUUAAAGAUGGAUAAAUGUUGUUGUUAAAGGGCAAUUCCAUAUUAAUUAUCUCCAACACCACACCAUCUGAAAAUGACACGUUUAUACGAUCUGCGGUUACAAUAGACUAACUUUAUAUAUUUAUAUAUUCAAUAUAUAAAGUUACAUUCAUAAAGUUAAAGUGUAUUUUAACCACAGAUCAUAUAAAUGCGUCAUUUUUACAUAUGUAGACUCCAGUAUGGUGCUGGAGAUAGUUAAUUACUACAAAACGUAAGAAUACGCCGUUUUCACAAAUGGAGACAUCGGUGUGGUGCUGGAGAUAAUGAUGAAUAUGAGGUUGAAAUGUGGUGGAAUUGCCCUUUAAGAACAACAGAAUAUGUAAUAGAUAUGUAAUUAUUUUUACGUUGGUAAAUUACCAUAAACAGUCUAAGAUAUUGGUGACUGAGAUUAUUCUUUAGUCACAAUAAUGUUCUGCAAGAAAUUAUUCAAAUUUACCCUGGUUGUCUUGUCUCACCAUGGGUACAGGAACCUUGCAUAUGCCCUGUUCAGUGUGAUUAAAAUGUCCCCUCUGUUUCGCUCCCCAGUUCCAUGCAGCGGGAAUCUGACAGAGCGAAGAGGCACCAUCCUCUCCCCGGGAUUCCCCGAGCCCUAUGGGAACAGCUUGAACUGCGUGUGGAAAAUCAUUGUCACCGAAGGAGCUGGGAUUCAGGCAAGUACAAAAGGUUCAGGUCUGAACUCAUCAAAAGCAAUAAGUUACGCUGACAGAGAGAAGAUAGGGAAAAUGUAUUUUGAGUGACAGGCUGUAGCACAUUUUAACUGACAGUCACCCUACUGAGAAUAAAAUAAAAUUAGACUGGCUAAACGUAGGUUUAAAUUAGACCUGCUGCCAACAGAAGUAGUUUAAAAGCACACAAAAAACCAGCUGCAGUCUUAUCGCUAUUGAUUGUGCCACAAUGAGGCACAGUAUAAAACCUGGGUUUAUGUUUAUAAUGCUUUAGCAGGAAAGAAAACUUCCCCUCAAUAAAAAAACACCAGUCUCUCAACUAACCAUUACAAAUGUCUCCUGAGUGGCGCAGUGGUCUAAAGCACUGCAUCGUAGUGCUAACUGUGCCACUAGAGAUCCUGGUUCGAAUCCAGGCUCUGUCGCAGCCGGCCGCGACCGGGAGACUCAUGGGCGGCGCACAAUUGGCUCAGCGUUGUCCAGGGUAGGGGAGGGAAUGGCCGGCAGGGAUGUAGCUCAGUUGAUAGAGCAUGGCGUUUGCAACGCCAGGGUUGUGGGUUCGAUUCCCACGGGGGGCCAGUAUAUAAACAAAAAAAGAUAUAUGUAUUCACUAACUGUAAGUCGCUCUGGAUAAGAGCGUCUGCUAAAUGACUAAAAUGUAAAUGCUUGUCCUUUCAGAGAGAAGGCAGGUACAUUAUAUUUGUCACUCUAUUUUUUUUUUUUAGAUCCAAGUGAUGAGCUUCGCCACCGAGCACAAUUGGGAUUCCUUGGAAAUCUAUGAUGGACAAGACAUGACAGCUCCUAAACUUGGAAGCUUUUCA